UUUCGCGCUCUAUCUGUGGUCACCUUGCACAUAUUCAUUCACAAAAUUCUUAAAACUUAACUUGGAAAUUGGGCGCGAAAUGAUGAUGUGGUUCGCUCGGAACGCCCGGAUCCAAUUGAUUCCAAUGGAGAGUCCGCCGAAGACCAUCAGUUAUAGCUGCCUAACCACCAAAUUCGGCCAGAUGAUGAUGGGCACUACCACUGUGCCAUUCACCGUGGACUCGAAAGACCAAGUCGCAAUUUGUGUGCUUUAUUUUAUCGAUGAAAACGUUGCAAAAACAUAUGAUGAAGUGCGGAAGCGAUGGCCAAAGUCGGAUCUCUGUAAGGACGACGCCAGGAUCCAGUUGGUGGCAGAUAAACUCUUUGGGCCCGACAAGGAGAACUCUGAGGCGAUUCCAGUUGCCAUCCUGGGCUCCGAAUUUCAGCUCUCCGUUUGGCGAGCUCUUGUGGAUCUGAAGAGUGGCGAGACCUGCACCUAUUCCCAACUGGCCGAGCGAAUGGGUCGUCCAACAGCGAUCAGAGCGGUGGCCAAUGCCGUGGCCAAAAACGAGGUAUCCAUCCUCAUUCCUUGCCACCGGAUUGUGUCCCAAAACGGAGCAUCUAAGUACCACUGGGGCGCAGCCCUCAAGCAACAGCUCCUCAAGUUUGAAAAAUCAGAUAGCUAUUAAAAAUUGUUACUUGUAUCUUUAUUGAAACUCA